AAUUCACUGGAUCCAUACGUUUAAACGUUAAGGGUACAAACCAUUUUAAGAAUUUGAAUGAUGUUGAAAAAGAAAAUUUCAUCGAACAAAUGAGAAUAGAUAUUGCAAAAAGUAUUCCUGUUGAUGGCCAAAGGAUCACUUAUCUAAAUUCAAAAGAAGUCUUUGUGGAUUUUGUUAAAUUACUUGAAGUUAAUGACUUUAUGACAGCUUUGGAUUUUUAUAAUAGUACACAGUUUAUCGAUAAAAAAUUUGGAUUUGAACCAACAAGUAAUCGAUGGGAGGAGAUUAAAACGAUUGUGCAAAGCUACUUUGAUCCAAUAACUAUAGGACUUAUCAUAUCACUCGCUUUCCUGUUGAUUAACUUGUAUUUUUUUGGUCGAUAUAAAAAUAGAAUGGGAUGCAAUACGAUUGUAUUUAAAGCUGCUCUUAUUAUUCUCGAUAUUGUAAACGAUAUUUCAUUUAUUGUAACAAAUGAAGAAUAUUUGCAAAACAUUGUGUUUAUCAUUUGUCCAAUUCUUAUAAAUACAUGCUUAGCUUUUUACAUAUUCAUAUUUGAGACAAGAAAGAAUCCUAAAUUUUCUGAUUGGUUUAGAGAGAAUUCGAAAUUAGCCGCGAUAAUCACAUUAUUUAGUUCGGGAAAUAUUGAAUUACUUCAUUUGCUUGAUUCUAACUAUGCAGGAUAUAAAUUGUUUUCUGCUCCAUUUUCUUCAAAAGCAAUACGUUGGAUAUUUUGGGGUGGUUUUUCGAAUAUAUUUAUUGAAGACUUACCGCAACUAAUAAUUCAGAUAAUAUAUGUCGUAUCUCCUAAUACAGGAUAUAAUAUAUUUGCUUUAUCAGCUUUGAUUACCGGAUCUGUAAUAUUAUUAAUAGAUGUAAUCGGUUUUAUUUAUGAUUUUAUUGCAAAGAAACAGAGUAUCUAUAUUAACAAAGUAUCUAGAGUUGAAUAA